UUGGCGCUCGCUGCUCGAGGGGCGGGCUGGCCUGGGCCAAGGCGUUGAGUUACGAGGCUUUGGCUUGCCCGAGGCUUUGUUCGCAAGCCUUCCCGCUUCCCUCCCUCGCUCCUUCCAUUCCUCCCAGCUCAGCCAGCCCCGCGGAGCGAAAUUCGAGGGAUUUAAUUCUCAAGUCCGGCCAAGGCGCAAAGGAACCUUGCUCCAGAUCCGGGGGUGGGCUGCCUGCUCGCUCUCUUUCUCGGGCUGCCUCGGACGUCGUAGCCAGCCCCCCUUUGUAGAGGCGGAAAAGAGCUCCCUGAUUCCCAAGGGCUUCACUAGCGUGCCUUGGUGGAUAGAGAUUUGAACUUCAAAAAGAAGAUAAAAGAUAGAAGGCAGAUGUCCAACAGAUAAUUUGGAUGGUUGUUUUUUUUAAAAACAACAACAACAACAAUUCAACCCUGCUAUGACUGGCCUCCAGCUGGCCCAUGACAACAGGAAUUAUAUUGAUGUGGACCCACUGCGUGACCGGGGGCCUACAGAAGGCAGCAUGCUGGGCUCCUAGGGUCUGGCCCCCUGCUCUUCCUCUCCUCCCCGGAACGUCCUGAGAAUGCUCCUUCCUGCCAUCUUGCCUCCUCUUUUUUACUUCCUGGCGUCUGCGGCUUCGUUCCCCAAGGAUUUGACUCCACUUAACACCGUUGGUGAGGCAGGAACAGCCCAGAACCCUUAUUUCUGGGGACUUGCUGAGGACAAUGACACAGUCCAGCUGGGUCUGGAUUUCCAGAGUAUGCUGCGACUCAACCAAACCCUUUUCAUCGCUGCCCGAGACCACGUCUAUGCCUUUGAUCUCCAACAGACCAAGGACGACUUCGCUCCAAAGAGGCAUCUCACAUGGAAGACGCAGGAUAUGGAGAAUUGCGCAAUGAGAGGGAAACUUCGGAACGAGUGUUACAACUACAUCAAAGUCUUGGUUCCAAAGAAUGCUGAAACCCUCUUGGCAUGCGGGACAAAUGCCUUCAACCCCAUGUGUCGGACCUACAAGAUCAGCAGCCUGGAGCAGGAAGGGGAAGAGCUGAACGGACAGGCGCGAUGCCCCUUUGACGCAAAGCAGAGCAAUGUGGCCCUUUUUGCGGAAGGAAAUCUCUACUCUGCCACUGUGGCUGACUUCCAAGCCAGCGACGCGGUCAUCUAUCGAAGUUUGGGGGAGCAAAGUCCUGUCCUCCGGACCGUCAAAUAUGACUCCAAGUGGCUGCGAGAACCUCAUUUUCUCCACGCUCUCGAGUACGGUGAUUACAUUUAUUUCUUCUUCCGGGAGAUCUCCAUGGAAUACACCACGCUAGGCCGGGUUAUCUUUGCCCGUGUGGGACGGGUGUGCAAAAAUGACAUGGGUGGGUCUCCCAGGGUGCUGGAGAAAUACUGGACGUCGUUCCUCAAAGCCCGCCUUAAUUGUUCCGUGCCCGGCGAUUCCUUCUUCUACUUUGAUGUCCUUCAGGCUGUCACAGACUUAACCCAGGUGAACGGGCGGCCAGCCAUCUUCGGGGUCUUCACCACCCAGUCCAACAGCAUCACGGGCUCGGCGGUCUGUGGCUUCUACAUGGAUGAAGUGGAGCGGGUCUUCAACAGCAAAUUCAAGGAGCAGAAGAACGCCGAUGCGGCCUGGACGCCCAUCCCCGAAGACAAAGUGCCAAAGCCCAGACCCGGCUGCUGCGCUGGAAUCGGCAAAGCGUUGGGUUACAAAACCUCCAACAGUUUCCCUGAUGAGAUGUUGGGGUUCAUCAAGUCCUUCCCUCUGCUGGAUGAAGCGGUACCCUCGAUCACAGAGCAGCCGUGGUUUACCAAGACCACCAGCAGGUACAAGCUAACCCAUUUGGCUGUGGACACGGCGGCCGGCCCCUUUCAGAAUUACACGGUUCUCUUCCUGGGCUCAGAAGAUGGCAUGAUGUUGAAGGUCCUCUCCACGACCACCAAGAACGCCACGGUUGAGACUUUGCUGCUGGAGGAAAUGUCUGCCUACAACCCAUCCCGGUGUAGCAUCAAGAGAGACGAUCGGCGAGUUUUGGGGGUCGAGCUUGACAAAGCCAACCAUGCUGUGUACGUGGCCUUCUCUGGCUGUGUGGUACGGGUGCCCCUCAGCCGCUGUGCUGCCUACAGUGCCUGCCGCAGGAGUUGCCUAGGUUCCCGCGAUCCGUACUGUGUUUGGUUGCGUACAGGGGCUUGUGUCGCCUUCAGCAAUGAGAUCAGAGGUGGGUUCGAGCAAGACGUUGAGAGCGCCACCAAGUACACAGGGAACUGUCAAGAUGUCAUAACGGCCCACGGGAACCACGAUGGCUCCAGCGACUCUGCAUAUGGGCAGAUGCAGACCACCGUAGCCACUACCGUUCUCUCCGUACCCUUCCCAGAAGCGCCCGCAGGGUCUCUUCCCGCUAGCAUGGCUCCUGAUGCCCACCUGGCCCCUGGCGCAGGGGACCCACGCUCCACCCUCCACGUGGCUGUGAGCAAGCAGGGCGUGAGACAGGAGUCAGAUGGGCGCGAGGACUCCAGGACCGUCCAUUUCACCUUCCUGAUCGGCUGCAUCUUUGUGGCGUUCAUCCUGGGCGCUUUUCUCUCGGGCCUGUUUGUCUCCUGCUACUGCAACCACGCUUUCCAGAAGGCCAAGCAUGGCAACAAGGACCCGGAGAAUGGCAUCCAGCGCCCGCUGUCCCUCCGGAGCUUGGCCAAGAUGAAUGGCCUGUUGGAGACCCAGGCCAAAGAGAGCUUGAUGGAAGCCUCCGCCACAAAGCUCUAUACCACCCUGCUCCCCAACGAGAAGGAGCUGCCCAGCACCGCAGCCAAAGCCCAUCACCCAGAGCUCUCUGGCUUGCCGACACCGGAGUCCACGCCAGAGCUGCCAAUGAAGAACAUGAAGGCUAUCCGGAACCAGUGGGAGAAGAACCAGAACUUCAACAAUGCCAAGGAAUCGCAAGGGAAGGUGCCGUUGAUCCACAUGCCCGUCUCCAGUUCUCACCACUUCCCGUACCCCAGUGCCGUGGCAGUUCCUGGCAACGUCCAUGGUUAUGAUUCUCCCUUGAUGGGCUACCUGGACGAGAAGAAGAUCCCGAACUCGGAGCGGGUCCUGCUGCGGCACUCCCAGAGCUACUUGCCGAAAGGGGUGGAAGUGACGGCGCUGGAGGAGCUCUUGAAGCACCUCCAUGAAACCAACGGCUCCCCCAAGAAGGGCCUGGGGGGCCUCCCUGUCCACUUCCCAUCCACCACUCCCCACUGCUCCAUGUCCUUUGCCAACCGGGUGCAGCCCAAGAUCCCUGACGUCGAGAGCGCCCCAUAUUACAGCUCGUCCACUUUGCCCAGGGACAGCCUGCCGCGAAGGCUUGAUGUCCCCCCAGACCCACCCCCGCAAGCCUGCCUGGAGAAGGCAGGCAGGCCGCACCCUGCCCACAGACACUCGCUCUGCAUAGCCCCCAAGCUUGUGAACGUUGGCGGGGGUGGCGGGGGGAUGCUGUUGCGCCACCACAGCCUUGGCCAAUCGGGGAGGCAGCCGCCGGCCCUCCUCACCCGCAUGCACUCCACAGGGACAUCGGUGCCCCAGGAGGGCCACCACCAUGCCAUCUUCCUCUCCAGGCAGCACAGCUACGGAGACCAGGUCUCGCUACCCAGCCACGGUGGCAUCAAGCGGUCGGUCUCCAUGAUCAAGCCGGGCGGACCUUCCCAGUUGCUCUUCAUGCCUUCAUCGCCUCCGGCCCAGUCUUCUGGGCAGUUCAAUUACUGAGCCACUGGGGGUGAGAAGCUUGCCUGACCACCCAGAUUCCAGAGCUGUGGGGCACGGAACCUGCCGCCCUGCUAUUUUGGGGCCCUCACCGUUGCCAUUCCAAAAUGGCAAGCAGUUGGAGGGACCGUUCCACACACACCCCGGGACUACAUCUCCCAGCGUGCCUUGCAGUGGGGUGGGGUCUGUGUGCAGAUGGGAAACGGUGGGAGGGAAGUGCUGGGUUUUUCUCUCUUCCCAUUGCGGUAGGCAGUGAUCCCAAUGACCACUUAGCAAUUUGCCAAAGGAAGCUAAUUCAGCCCAUUUCUCUCUCUCUUUGAAUGCACUGAGAUGGAGAUGGGGGGCUUUUGCGGGCAAAGCUGUGCCCGAAUCCCGAGCACUCAUAGUUUUAAUUAUGCAAAUAAGGCCUUCUGCGCCUAUGGUGAUUAAUAAAUUACUUUUGUCCCAUCGUCACAUAAUUCUGCUUCCAAAAAUGUAGGCAAGCUUGUUUCUGUGGACGCACAGAAGGUAGAUAGCUGAGAUGGAUUAAGAAAAAAGGGAUAGAGACUACAGCAAUUGGUAGUCCUAGGAGGCAGCUAUGGAAUUGCCUCGGUUACUUCUCUCUCUCCAAAUCCCCAUGUUUUUUAAAGUUCUUGGGUGGCAUGAGGACUAGAACCUUUAGCCUCUCCAAAGGAGAACUUGGACUCUUGAGUUUUUAGAAUGUUGCAUUUCCAUGCUUGCUGGGCAAAAUCACUGCGGACCUGGGUGCUCACAGUUUUCUGCCUCACUGGUUUAGUUAUUUUCAUCUUGAAUUGGCUUUUGUUCCUUUUUGAGGUUCACCAUUUCCUUAACCAGGCUGGGAAGCUGUGGUGGUCCAGGCCUUUCUGAAAUUAGACUAUGGCACGUUUGUGGUGGUGAUGGCCCCCUUAGGCAUGAAAUCUGGCUUCAGAGCCAGAUCAUCAGCACAUUUCUUGGGUCUAGAACAUCACAUCCUUAGUGGGAAAGAGUUUGGCCCCCAACCCACAGCUGUGGCAUCUUUUUAUUUAUUUUUCUGAGCGGCCACCUUGGAAACGUGAAGCGGACACUCAAAGCCAGGCCCGUGACAGUCAUCCUUGGGGAUUCGUUUCCGGAAUGUGUGGAUCUCUUGUAUCAAGUUGAUGGACCUGAUCUUUGGGACAAAAAGGAUUGUGUUGUGGCUUAUUCUGGAGAGCAAAGUUGCUUCUGCUCCCAUGGAAAGCCAUUCUGGGUUACCUCCUCAGCAAGAAUAUUGUAGAUUCUGGACUCCUUCUGGAGAGGAAAAUGUAGCAUUGAAAUCCUCUUGCCUCUCCCGUCAGGGCCUAUUUGUUUCAUUCACUUUCCAUGGCCCUUUUCCUGAUGCUGAACACACCAUCCUUCUCCAUUUGGGUUGUUUAGGGGGUGAUGAGUGCAGAAUUCUCUCGGAGAGCACUGUCCGGAUCUGCCCCAUUACCCUCCCCCUCUCUCUCUAAUAUUUUCUCCUCUCUUGGACCUUGCUCCUUCCAGAUUAAUUCCCAUUGCCAAGAAGAUGGAGUUAAGAUUGUCCAUUUACUCCCGUGGUCCUUACUCACUCCUUUAUUCUGUUUUGUUAUUCGUACUAUUAUUUUAAAAAACUAAUUAAGCCAGUUUUACAAAUUAGUCCCAGAACUUCGGUGGACUUGCUUCCAAGGAUUUUGUACUACGCAUACCUGUCUUUCUCACUGGCAAUUCAAACGCCAAAAAAGGUGAAAGAACAGACUUGCUCCCAGUUGACAAAUUCUCCAGCUUGGUCACCUCAAGGUGAUUCUGACCCGCCAGAGGUGACCAGGGAAAAGUCUGGCUAAGCUCCGUCUCUUUUAUUUAUUCGACACAAUCAUUUUUAGAAUUUGUAAGAUUAAAAAGGAAAAGGCUCUUUUUAUAGUCCCCGCUUUGAAUCUCCGCAUAUGUUUACAUCAGCCCCUCAAAUUGUUGGCCGUAUCGUUCAUGGAUUUGGUAGCAAGUCGACGAGUGGUGGGGGGAGAGAGGAAUUAUUUCCUUGGAGAGAGCCAGCCGCUACUGUCCCCUUGUAAGGACAGUUUAUCCUGCCCAUGAAUACAAACCAAGGGAAGGGGGCUGGAAGGGUGUCAGGCUAUGCCAAAAACCCCAUUCCAAUUUUUUUUUUUUAAAAAAAUGCACCUGUAAUGGUUUUUGGCUCACUCCUCGGAACAUCGUUCCAAAAGCAUUGUACAAAAGUAUAAAUAGAUGUGAACAUUUCAUUGUUUAACUUCGUUAUAUGAGAAGCAAAAAAGAACAACCAUUUGAAAAAGAACAAAAAAUUAAUCCUACUGUGUAGGAAUGCCAAGCCAGUGCGCCGUUCGAUAGCACUGGGGUUGUGUACAUUUGGUAUCCAGAAGGAUUGUUGGUGCUUGAAAUAUAUAUAUAUAUAUAUAAUCUC